CGCGAGUCCCGCACAUAGGGUCCCUCUCGCGCAUGCGUGCACUGAACCAGCCAUCGACGACGCAUGUGCGGCCCUAUUGCGAGUCGAGACUCGGCCGAAUUGCGACACACAGCUCCUCUUUACGCGGCUGUGUCGCAUAAUUGAUUGUCCACUCGAUACUGACAUUGAACGGGCAGUGCACGACGGUCGACCGGUUGAUUACGACUAGUUAUUUGCGUGCCGCUACCGCGAUAACGCGUUCGACACAAGACCCGUGAGUAGUGCCACCCUCGAUCAGCUGGGGGAUCGUAAUGGCUGCCGGCGCCAGCCAGGAGCGUGGUGUCUAUUGUGCUGUGAUAUAAAAUUGUGUCAGUGACAAUAUGGAUGUCGCUAAGGAAACCCCUGGAGGCCUCGAGGAGUUUGACGAGGAUGCGUCCACCACGCGACGGCGGAUGCUGGACGAUUUGCAGCUCGCGGCGGAGCUCGGGAAGACCCUACUGGAACGUAAUAAGGAACUAGAAACUGCAUUGCGACAACAUCAAAAUGUCAUCGAGGAUCAAGCACAGGAGAUCGAAUACUUAACAAAACAAACAGUCGCUCUCCGGGAGGUGAACGAUUCGAGAUUAAGGAUCUAUGAACAACUGGAGGUGAGCAUCCAGGACCUGGAGCGAGCCAACCACAGGCUCGCCGUCGACCAUGCCGCCGAGAAGAAACAUAUUAAAACCCUCUGCGCCAAUAUUGAGACAUUGGAGAGCAAAUGUGAGGAACUACAAAAGACUGUUGACGACCUAAACGCGCAGUUGGAGAUUGCGCGGCGAAGAGCGGAACGGAAACCAGAGGCCAACGAGAAACCCAAAGAAAAGGAAAUUAAACCCUCAGAACCUGCCACACCUAACGCAAACUCGAAAAAACCAGAUUUAACCAGUACUCCGAUCAAAGUAGCACCUCUCCCAGAACUGACUAAAGAGGAUGAGGAUUUGCUUAGACUAAGCGACGAACUCCGAGAAAGCAAAGUUGCAUUUGCUCAGGAACAAAGGCGAGUAACGGAACUGGAGGAACAGCUAGCGUCUAUGGUACAAGAGAACAACAGACUGCAAGAUCAAUUGAGGAACGUGCACCACAGGGAAGAUGAACCCAAAUCGAUGCAAGAAGAAUUCUCGAUCCUUGAGGAAGUUAGACAAGGCCAACUAUGCAUCAGAUGUCUUCGAGGCGUCGACCGAGGAGACGACAUGUCCUCAAUGCUUGAUGAUGACGACGACAGAAGCGCCAUCAGUUCCCUCAUUCUCACUCCCGCAGGGCAAGACAGUCCAAGGGAGGACCAUGUCAGCAGCAAACUCAUCAAAUUCGAUAAUGCAAAGGAGAAAUUACUCCAAGGUAUAUGGGCUAACAAAGAAGAUGGUCACGAGAACCCGUACAGGGAGCUGGUGCAGAAGUACGAGGCUCUUCUAGAAGUUCAGCUGUCACAGGUCAAGAACAUCAGGAAGAACAAGCCCAACACACUGCCGCCCGCACAGAACCAAUCCGGGCCCAUGUCGCUGCAGGACGAACUACAAACCUCAGGAGACUACAGCCACUUCAGCGUUAAAGAUACCGACGAGGAAAGUGGGCACGGCGAGGAUGCCCAAAAGGAGAACCAACAAAAGAAGGUCGAGCCCACGUGCAGAAAGAAAAUCAUCCAAACCCCAGACUUCUCCGAAGCGGAGACGUCCAGUUCCGGUUUCUCGGACGAAACCAGUAACAAGGCCACGCAGACGGAGCGCGAACGCCCCGGCUCGUUCCUUUGCACCAUCGCUGACGGAGAAGACUACCGUUUUAGCAUUUACGACGACGUCAGCCCGAUGGACAGCCACUUCCGCAACAGGCCCGAGUACCGCGAGCUGUUCAAGGAGAUCUUCACGAUUCUUAAGAAGGCGGCGGAGAACAAGGACGAGGGCGAACAGCUGCCGCUGCUAGACGACAUGACGGCCGGCAAGGUCCCGCCCGUCACGCCCGCCAACGAGGACGCGCCCGGUAACUUCACUGAUGACACACAGAGCGUCUUCUCGUCUGUCAUGUCUGAACAAUCGAUUCCAGUGUCCGACAUCACUUCACCAGAAACUCCGACUUUGAGGGAGCCUAGGGAGUCUAGAGAGCCUAAGGCACCUAAGGAGCCUAAAGAGCCUCCUGCUCCAGAACCUGUCAAGAAGGAAGUCGAGAACAAGGAGAACAAACCAGUGGAAGAGAGCACCUCGGAAAAACCGAAAGAAGAGGAAAAAGAAAAGGAAAAAGAAAAGGAGAAGGAAAAACAGAAAGGAGUAUUGACUCCGCAGGUGCGUCAGCCACUAGAAUACAUUGCGGCCACUAGAAAGAAGUCCAGACAUCGCAAUCGCAAGCACAGCCAGGACCGACAAGGUGCGGACUCGCCCGUGUACCCCUCACCUAUUAAGAUUACGUACCAGAAAUCAUCGAACAAAAAGAAGAGAGACUACAGGCCGAUCGAGGUGAGCCCACUGGUGAGACCCGUUGAGAGUGAAUGGAACGGCUCGACCCUUCAGUUCUACAACAGGAACAUGAACUCGCCGACCCCGAGCGUGAGCGGGCGCACCGGGAAAAUCUACCAGGGAUGGAACCCCGAGACUGACUCGUGGGACAUCAAGCAGAGCACCGCCUCACAAGAGAUACAUAAACUGAGGAAGCUAGAGCUUUCCUACGCAGAAGUACUGAGGAACGCCGACAAAAACAAGUCCCGACGUAAGAAGCACCAGUAAGAUAUUUUAUUAACGUCGACCCCUCUCGCGAGUGAGCGAGAGCCGAGUGAUCCAACCGCCAUUUGUCUUUGCCAACUGGACAUAAUUUAGAUUAGGAAUGUUUGUGAUCUGCUAGCGUUACUCUCUAAUUUUUUAUCUAAUAUAUUCACAGUUUUAAUUGCCAUACGAAGCCGGUAUAUGAUCGUAUACCAUUGAUAUUACUACCUACAUACGUUACGUAUUCAUCCGCGCAUCCCGAGUGUAAUUUAUUAAACAUUCCCUCCGACAACCCGUACAACACAGUAUAGUAUAUCACAUCAGAAUAUUACAUGCAUUUAUAAUAAACAAAGUAUGUCUCAAGAUGGCUUGAGUUGAGUACUGUAUUUGGUUUCAAUUCGGAUUACUUUGAAUGAGUUUUAACUUUUAACUGCAUCCUGUUACUAUCUUAGUCAUUAUUUUAAUUGUAUGAUAUGUAUUAUGUUCUUAUAAUUUGUAAAUAUUCAUUUCGUUAAGUUAAUUAAUAUUAUUUUUGUAAUUGCCAUGGAUAUUUGCGAGUACUCAAUUCUGUGAGGAAUUGUACGCUGAAAAUUAUUUAAUGAAGACAGAAGGUUGAAGGUAUAAAUAAAAACUUGCAUAAAUA